CGGCUGGGGAUCGGAGAAAAAAAAGGGGGGGGAUCUUUGGAGGAGGGGAAAAGAGGUUUCCGUAGGAGAGACAGAAGAACCGAAUCUAGGGUUGGAAAGGAAAACCUGCUUCUUCUGCCUGACUUUCUGAGUUCGGAGAUAGGCGUGAAUUCUCCAAGCUUGCUGCUUUCAAGUUUCUGGAUAAAACAUACGACGCACUUUAAAUUAAAAAUACAAGACUUUCCACACUCCUUAAAAUGGCAGAUAUUCCAAAUGGAAGCUUUUACUCUCUUAAGCCUCUUGAACUGUUUGAACAAAUAGCUGCACAAGGAGAAAAUGUCAGAUCACUGAAAUCCAAGAAAGCACCAAAGGAUGAAAUUGAUGCUGCAGUUAAGUUGUUGCUGUCAUUAAAAGUAACGUAUAAAACAGCAACAGGUCAGGAAUAUAAAGCAGAUUCUCCUCCAACAGAUUUCACUCCAGUCAGUAACUGUCCAGACAGCGUUGAAGAGGAUGAUUUUGUGGACCCCUGGACAGUGCAGACAUCCAAUGCAAAAGGAGUGGACUAUGAUAAACUUAUAGUUCGAUUUGGCAGUAGCAAAAUUGAUAAAGACCUCAUCAAUAGAAUAGAAAGAAUUACAGGUCAUAAACCACAUCAUUUUCUACGGCGAGGUAUUUUCUUUUCUCAUAGAGAUAUGAACCAAAUUCUCGAUGCCUAUGAACAGAAGAAGCCAUUUUACCUUUAUACAGGCAGAGGUCCCUCAUCUGAGACAAUGCAUGUUGGGCACCUUAUCCCAUUUAUGUUUACAAAGUGGUUACAAGAAACAUUUAAUGUUCCAUUAGUCAUUCAAAUGACUGAUGAUGAGAAAUAUUUAUGGAAAGAUCUGACCAUUGAGAAAGCCUACCAGUAUGCUAUAGAAAACAUCAAGGACAUAAUAGCCUGUGGAUUUGACAUUAAUAAAACUUUUAUCUUUUCUGAUUUCUCUUAUAUGGGGACAAGCGUAGGCUUCUAUGAAAAUAUUGUUAAAGUUCAAAAGCAUGUGACAUUCAACCAAGUGAAAGGAAUCUUCGGUUUCACAGAUAGUGACUGCAUAGGAAAGAUAAGUUUUCCUGCUAUUCAAGCAGCUCCAUCCUUUAGCUCAUCAUUUCCCGAGAUCUUCAACAAUAGGAAGGAUAUCCAGUGUUUGAUCCCAUGUGCAAUUGAUCAGGAUCCCUAUUUUAGAAUGACAAGAGAUGUAGCUCCUCGGAUUGGCUUUCCCAAGCCAGCAUUACUGCAUUCUGUCUUCUUCCCAGCUUUGCAGGGAGCACAAACAAAAAUGAGUGCUAGCGAUCCUAACUCCUCCAUCUUUCUUACUGAUACACCCAAGCAAAUCAAAACAAAGAUUAAUAAGCAUGCCUUCUCUGGUGGCAAAGACACUGUUGAAGAGCACAGACAAUAUGGUGGCAAUUGUGAUGUAGAUGUGUCUUAUAUGUACCUUACCUUCUUCCUUGAGGAUGAUGACAGAUUAGAACAAAUUAAGCAGGCUUACACAAGUGGAGCCCUACUGACAGGAGAACUCAAGAAGGUGUUGAUUGAAACUCUUCAGCCCUUGAUUGCGGCUCACCAGCAAAGGCGAAAGCAGAUCACUGAUGAAAUAGUGAAGGAAUUCAUGACCCCACGGAAGCUGGCAUUCGACUACUAAUUCUACAACUGCAUGUUAAUUUAUCAGUACAUAAAGAUCACAUAUUAUUGUACUUUGUUGUUCUUUUUUUUGCCUUAAUUAUGUACAGGCAUAAAGAGCACUGCUUCUAAUUAUUAAAUUAUUCAUAUUCAAUUAAUGGUUAUGUGAGAAAACCAUGUGUCUGUACUUGACACAUGAAACAGAAAUUAAUUGUAGAUAAUAUUUGAACUUUAUAGGUUAGCAUAGUAAUUUAUUUCCUGGAGAAGAUUGUUUUUCCACAAAAUACCUAGUUUCAGUGAACAUGUUGAUAGGAAGAAAAUUGACUUAAUAAAGAAUCCAACUCUGUGGAACAUUUUUAUAUCAGGUAAGAUUUCCUGUUUCAUCUCUAACUUUACUCUAAAUUCUUUGGUACAGUCAAUAUAUUUUCAGACAUUUCAUUAUACUAAUUAUGGUUCUAUCUUUCUAAAAUUGUGAAGUAUUCAUGUGUUUUACAGUCAAAAGAAUAUGAUGGUUUGGAAGACAAAAAAGUUUAUUCUUUGAAUGAUAUCUAGCUGGGAAAUAGUCAAAGUAUACUGAAAUUUUAGUUGACUUUUGCCAAAUCAUGGUACAUAGUAUUUCUAACAAAAAAAACAACACAAUUAUUGCCUAAGAGCAAUAAGAAAUUUACCAGAGUGGAAACUGUUCUCCUCUUGUCUUUGUUUCCAAGCAUCCUGAAUGCUCUAGUUACGUCAAGCUAUUCCAUGAUAUCAGUGAAGUUUAGAUCUCAAAGGAUAUGUUUAUUUCUGUUUUGUUUUGUUUAUAUUAAAUGACUAUAUUUCUAGUGUAAUGGUUCAACAAAAAGUAAUCUUCAGAAUGUAGCUUGUCAUAUCUCCUAUAUAUAGAUUCUUGGCUUUGGAUGCAAACAAUAAUAAUGAUUCCAUUGUUUUAAUUUUAAAUAAAAUAAUAGAGGUUGAAAGGAACCUUGGAGGACUUCUAGUCCAACUCCUGGCCCAGUGCAGGAAUCCUUAUACCAUCCUGGACAAAGGGCAUCCAAUCUUUUCUUUAAAAUUUCCAGUGAUGAAGUACCUUCAUCAAACUUCAGGAGGCAGGCUAUUCCACUGCUUAACAGCUCUUACAGUCAAGAAAUUCCUCCUUAUUUCCAGUUUGGAUCUCAUUGGUAAAACAACUCAUUCUAGGUUUUUUCUUAUCCUCAGAUUCUGUGGAAAAUAAAUCCACACAUUCUGCCCCUUGACAUUCUUUCAUGUGUUGGUAGACUGCUGUCAUGCCUUUCCUUAGCUCUCUUUUCCUUAUGCUGAAAAGGCCAAAUUCUUCAUAGGAUUUCACCUCUGUGCUCUUUACCAUAUUUGUUCUUCUUUAUCGUCUCCAGUUCCUCCGCAUUCUUUUUAUAUUAUGGCAAUAUUCCAGAUGUAAUCUAACUAGUUCAGCAUAUAGUAGUACUAUUGCUUCUCAUGAUCUUGACAUUAUAUGUCUAUUUACACAGCCAAAAAGUCCAUUGGCCCUUUUGGCAGCUGUGCCGUAUUGCUUAACCUGUAGUUUAUCGAGACAUCCAGAUCUUUCUUACUGCUAAGAUAAGUUCAGAACCUUAACAUUUGGUCAUCACUGAACAUUUUUUGGAUGGGGGAUCAGUGUUCAAGUUUUUCAAGAUCCUUUGAAUCUUUUGUGGUGUUAACACUCUCUCCCAGCUGUGUUUCAUUGACAAAUUUCAUGAGCAUUCUUUCUAUUCUCUCAUCUAAAUAAUUUACAAAGAUGUCAAAGAGUAUUGGGCUCUGAACAGAACCCUGAGAUAUCCAGUGCAUACCUCUCUUUGAGGGAACGUAGACCCAUUAAGGACCACAUGUUGCCACAGUCAUUUGGCCAACACAUUUAGUAAUGAGAUUAUCCAUUUCACAUUAUCCCAGUUUAUCAAGAAGGAGGUAAUCUAGAAAAGAUUAUCAGGAAUCAGAUGGGAUAUCUCUACUGAUCCAAAAACGUUUAGAUCAAUGUUCUAGUAGUAUUGAUGAAUCGGGGAACAACAGUCCUGAUUUGAACUUGAAAGAAAUCAAUAGAAUUGUUCCAUGUUCCUGUUGCCCAUGACUUGACAAGUUUUCUUUUAUAGCAGCAAAUCCUGUGAAAUAACAUAUAUGUGUAUAUUUGUGCAAAGCAAUGUACAAGAAGUGAGAUUGUAUAAAACUGUAAUGUUUACAACUCAGGAAGACUCUCUGUUGCAUAGAUAUUUGCUCACAUUAUUUCUAUGCCUUAUCAGCAUUUCUAAAGGCUAUUUGUGGUUUUUUUUUAAUCUGCAUAUCCAGUCUAUUCCUUGUAUAAUUUUGUAGUAGGAUAUAUUUUAUGCAACAAAGGUUGUAUGAUAAUAGAAUUUUACUUUACUUUCUGCUUGAGUGAAAAAAUUUUUUUUUCAGGAAAAUAGAACAUUUAUGCAUUAAAUCUCUCUGAAAAAUCCAUGCAUUAAUAUGCAUUGAUUUGGGAAUUGGUUUUAUAAUAGCUGUGAAUUGGAAUUAGGAUUGAUUUUAGUUUUGCUGACAAAAUAAAAGCCCUUGGGAACAAGAGAAUUGGUGGAAAUGUAAAUGACAUCAGGACAGAUCACUCUGAAGAUUGCUCUCACCCCUUCAAGAGCAGCUGUUUUUCUGGUUAAUUGUUUUAUAACACAGUACUUGACUCUAUUCUUUCUUUCUAUCCAGUUGACUCUUGUAUUUUUGCCAUCCAUUUUGUUCUCCCUUUCCCCACCCAAAAAAUCAAUUCUCUUCUUUUCCCAAUACAACUCUUUUCCCUUCAGUCUUAUUUUCAUAAACUGGAAAUUCAACUGGAUUUGCAGUUAAAUAUACUAUUUUGGUUCUUUUGGCUGGAAAGAGAGGAGAACAUGUGUGUUAUAUGUGAAAAUAUGAAAUGUGGAAUUUUCUAUAUGAGAUUAUUCUAUUAAUAUAAAUUUAUCAUUUUGCCUCAUCUUAACUUUUCUGAACUGUAGAUUUUGACACACACACUACUGUAUAUAUAAGGGUAUCAGAUGCACCUAUGUAUUCGGCACAAAUAAUCUUCAGGGCUGCUUUAGCUGAAAUUGUCAAUCCUAGGUUGACUAGAUAGAGAAUUUGAAAAUGUUAAUCACUUCCUUUUUUUCCUUUCUUUGUGUGGGAUUGUCUAAAUUGUCCGAAGUUCAGGUUCCUCUUCCUUUUGAGGUACACAUUAAUACUGCAUAUAUGGAGAAAUAACUUGGAAGUUUCUCCAAUUACUUAUUUUACAUCUAAAGUUUGAGUAUCAACAGGAGCUUUGGACAGAAAAAAAAGAAAUUAGUACAGUUAUGUUGAGUAAAUAAUGGAGAUUAUAGAGCGAGGGUGGGGGGGAGAGGGAGGGAAGGAGGUGGAGGAAGAUACAGUAGGGGGAGAGAGAGAGAUGGAAAGAAUGUAUCCAGUGUAUAUUUGUGCAUUUGUAUUUUCUUUUUCACUUUUUCUUCAAUUGUUAAAAGUCCCACUUAAAAAUAACAAAAAAUUGCCAUACUCGAUCAUUUUGUAGAACAACUUAGUAAUAAAGACAAUUCCUUGGUGAUGUACAAUAAAACUGUUAGAUCUUGUGGAACGCAAUUUCACCAUGAAUACCAAUUGUACACAUAUGUAUAUAUUUGUUAUCAUUAUCAUGAUACAUGCAUACAUACAUGCAUAAAAAUAGACACAUAUACACACAUGCAAAUAAAUCAAAAGCUGUAAACUUAAAUUUGUAAAAUUUGCUAGUGUGUCUCUUCUUAGUUUAUAGUCAGCUGCUUACAGGGUAAGUUAUUGUAAAUAGCAAACUGUUAUACAUAGUAAAUAUGCAUGCUGUUCAACCUGGUGGCCUCAAUAUACUGUAAUGUUGAUAUGGCUCCCUAAUGCCAAAUUCCUUAAAAAUGUGUAAGUAUCACAAUAAAUUUUGCAGUUUAUAAAA